AUGGCGCAUCUGGAGGACCAAAAGCACCGAUUUAUGGAGAGUUUGACGAUGGAGGGUCAACCCAAGGUUAAAGUCACGCUUAGCCUCGGUUCUGAAUUGUACACAGUGAAUUCCAAAGCGGUUGGUGCCGUCUCCGAGCAGCUGUCUUCAGUGAAAGAAGAAAGUAUGGGCAUAUUGAAGGAGUUUAUUACCAAACACAACGUUCCCAAUGAUGUCCCUGAUGAAUUGCUGGAGGGCUCUUCUAACGACGAGGAAGAGGAGGAAGAUGAAGUGUCCAGGAAGUCCAAAGCCAAGCCCAAAAAACCCAAGAUAAAUUAGUACUUGGGAAAUAA